ACAAAAAAUCGCGUAUGACAAAACGUCAACAUCGCAAAUGAAGCAGUCCGCGUUCGUGUAAAAAACCAAAUCGGAGACAGUUUUUCUACUUUUUUCCGCCAGAAACUAACGCAGAACGUCGGAAAAUUGCAACAUUCCACUAGAACACUUGCGGGUGCACACACUUCCGGACGAAAACCAUGGAGAACACCGACGCAAUCCAGGUCAGUUCGUUUCCCCUGCCGCCGGCUCAGUACUAUAAACUGUACACCGAUGAAAACGUCCGGAACAAUCGGGCCCCGAAACCGCCAGCACCGAUCCAGGGCACGUACCAGAUGUUCGGCCAACAGUUCAGCACCGAGGACAACAUCAUACGGCCACUGGAGGCCCAGGGCUUCAAGAGGCUCUACCCGCAGCACUUUGACCGCAGGAAGGAGCUCAAGAAGUUGAACCAUUCGCUGCUGGUUAACUUCCUGGAUCUGAUCGAUUUGCUGGUGCACAAUCCGGACAGUCCGCAACGGGCCGAAAAGAUUGAAGACCUGAACCUGUUGUUCGUCCACAUUCACCAUCUGUUGAACGAAUUCCGGCCUCAUCAAGCCCGGGAAACGCUCCGGGUGAUGAUGGAGCUGCAAAAGCGCCAACGGCAAGAAACCACCCAACGAUUCCAGAACCACCUGGAGAAGGUACGGGAGAUGGUGAACAAUGCAUUUGCUUCGCUUCCGGAUCCGGCCGAGUCGGACCGAUUAAAUAGCACCGUGGAACCGAUGGACACUGGCGACGACGGGGAGGCGGGUAAGAGUCGGGGCGAAGGAUGCCAUCCGCUGGACAGACUGAUGUGCGAAUUAGUGGACAAAAUGUAGACCGUAAUAACGCGUAUUAUGGGCGAGAACAUAGUUUAUAUUCGCUGAUUCUUCGUUAACUUCUAAGUAAGAUUAUCAAUAUGUAUCUGCUGAGGACUGGAUUAAAUGUUGCUUCGUACACCGGGACUUAUCGGAACGAUAUCGAAAGCGAAGUGGGUCCAUUCUCACAUUCAAGUAAUUGUGUUUUUUUUUUCUCCUAGUAUCAUACAUUUCUAAAUACUAAU